CUUAAUUUUCUGGCCUUUUUCUCCUCCUAAACCCACCCCUCCCUCAAAUAAAACCCCUAAUGCCCCUUGCUCUAUCUCUCUCUCAAAACCAUCUCUAGUAAUCUCUGUUUCUACUAUUCAUAAUUCGAUAAUGUCUUGCUACAAGGGCAAAUACGCCGAUGAGCUCAUUGCCAAUGCUGCUUACAUUGGCACCCCUGGAAAGGGUAUUCUCGCUGCCGAUGAGUCUACAGGCACAAUUGGCAAGCGUCUAGCCAGCAUCAAUGUUGAGAAUGUUGAGGACAACAGAAGGGCUCUUCGUGAGCUCCUAUUCACCACCCCUGGUGCCCUCCAAUACCUCAGCGGUGUGAUUCUUUUUGAGGAAACACUGUACCAGAAGUCUAAAUCAGGCAAGCCUUUUGUUGACAUCUUGAAGGAGGGUGGUGUCCUCCCUGGUAUUAAGGUUGACAAGGGUACUGUUGAGCUUGCUGGUACCAAUGGUGAGACUACAACCCAGGGUCUUGAUGGCCUUGCCCAGCGUUGCCAAAAGUAUUAUGAAGCUGGUGCACGCUUCGCCAAAUGGCGUGCUGUGCUCAAGAUUGGCCCCAAUGAGCCAUCUCAGCUUGCAAUCAACGAGAAUGCCAAUGGGUUGGCCAGAUAUGCCAUCAUUUGCCAGGAGAAUGGCUUGGUACCUAUUGUUGAGCCUGAGAUCUUGGUAGAUGGGCCUCAUGACAUCAACAAGUGUGCUGAGGUUACCGAACGAGUACUUGCUGCAUGCUACAAAGCUCUCAAUGACCACCAUGUCUUGCUUGAGGGAACUCUUUUGAAGCCCAAUAUGGUGACACCAGGAUCAGAAUCCAAAAAGGUUGCACCUGAGGUGAUUGCUGAGUACACAGUCCUCGCCCUCCAACGCACUGUGCCUGCUGCAGUUCCUGCCAUUGUAUUCUUGUCUGGUGGCCAAAGUGAGGAGGAAGCAACCCUCAACCUCAAUGCCAUGAACAAGCUCAAGACCAAGAAGCCAUGGUCAUUGUCCUUUUCUUUUGGACGUGCUCUUCAGCAGAGCACCCUCAAGGCUUGGGCAGGCAAGGAGGAGAAUGUGAAGAAGGCUCAGGAUGCAUUCAUUGUCAGGUGCAAGGCCAACUCAGAGGCCACUCUUGGAGCUUACAAGGGCGAUGCCACUCUUGGCGAGGGUGCUGCAGAGAGCCUCCAUGUCAAGGACUACAAAUACUAAGAGGUCUGCGGCAUUGUAAUUGUAGGGCUUCAUUUAAUCUUUUCCCCUUUCCCCUCUUAAGUUGCUGAUCAGUUAUAGCGCGAAGUAGCAUAAUAAGAAGGCUUGAGGAAAUAUUGGCGUGUUUAAUUUGAAUGGUUUUUGGACAGUUUCGAUUGAGAACUGGUUACGUUUUGUUUUCCUACAGUUCUAAUGAAAAAUUGAAUGAACCGUUUUCUCUUUUCUUUUCUGAA